GUAGGGUUGGAUCAAGAUGGAAGAUGGAGAGGAUUCGAGCUGCGAGGCGUCUUCUUUGCUGGAAUCGGCGGCGCGGGACACGAGCAGCAACAGCGACGGCAGCGGUAGGGCGUGUUUGUCCGCGGAGGCCGUCCAGAGGCUCGCGGCGGUGUUUGGGGACAGGGGCAGCAGCCAUGGAAGCUUGUGGGAGGAGCUCUCGGCUCGGCAAGUGCCGCUGGGCGCGCUAGUGGAUCGGUUUGUGGGCACUAUGGAGACGCCGGGCAGGAUUGGCGUGGAGGCGGCAUUUGUCUACUUGGGUCUUCUUCUCACUCCGGACUGCCCCUUAUACAGCGUCUUUAGCUCGCUCGCGUUUCAAGUUCUUCUCCGCUGCCUACACAACUCUUUCAAGCCCAGUGGAGCUCCAGAGGAGUCCGGCAGCGGCCGGAAGAAGAUCCAGAAGAAAGGGAAGAGAGCACGAAAUGUGGAAGAGGGCAACGAAGAAGGUGCUUCACAGGAUGAUCGAAGUGGUGCGCUAGAAGUUGGUCCAGUGCUCUCUCGUCUGCGAGCGGCUUUGCGGGUGAUAAGUUUGAGAGAUCACCAAGGAGCUCUGAAAAGCCUUGUAGAGUUUCUCGUGGAGCUGCCCCACGCAGUGACAGGCGCUGCUGUGAUCCACACUACGUUUGCGAUGCUGGAAGAUCUGCUCCAGCCGAAGCAUGGGGACGUACCCGAGACAGCGAUUCUGGUUUUGAAGCUUCUGACGCCGAGUCUUCUCCUUACGCGUGCCGGAGGAACUUCUCAGCAAAAGUUGAUGAUACGAUCAGCAGCCAUUGAGCAUGUUGCAAACUCCAUGCUGGGGGAGGAGUGUGGAGAUAGCCGAGCUGCAGUGGUUGCUCUGACCAGGUAUUUAUGUUUCAAGGCUCCCGAGAAAACCGAUGCCAGGAUGCAAGCGGUGGAAACAGUCAUGCACUUCGUUAAACAUCUAACCGCUACGGAGCAGCAGGAGUUUGGAAAGUUCGUCACCAAGCUCUCUCGAAGCAAGCCUCGCUACAGGCUGCUGGCUCUGGACCUCUGCGGCUCACUCUUUUUUCAGCUGCCUGAUCCUCUGGGAGUUGACGCAGCCGAAGUCGAGCGUGCAGCUGGCGACGCAAAUGGUGGUAGUAGCUCUGACGGCUCAAGAUGGGGAAUCGCAUGCUUGGAAGCAACACUGCAACGGUGCUCGGACAAAGCUCCUACAAUCCGAGCACGAGCGUUGGUAACUUUGGCUCAUGUCAUCGAAGAUCUUUCGGUGCACGUAAGACAACGGAGUUACCUGCAAGAGCUUUUGGCGGGGCUAGGAUCUUCGACUGGGAACCGUCUCUCAGAUGAUGGGAAAAGUUCAUGGGAUACGCCGUUCCACGCCAUGGGUGGCGAGAACUUGUUCACCGUCCCAGGAACACGUACUCAAACGACUCCAGCCUUCCUCAGUCCAGGUGCACACAAGGGGGACUUGGGGUCACUGAUUAGUAAAAGAUGCUGUGACGAGAAGGCGGCUGUAAGAAAGGGAGCCCUUCUUCUCCUGACCAAGGCAGCGAUUGUCAUGGGAAAGACUCCUGAUGAGCAGAUGUUACAGGCUAUGGGCAUUUCUUGUUCUGAUUCCAUGCUAAGCAUUCGGAAAGCUGGUCUCGGUGCGUUGGCCGAGGUCACGCGAAAGUUUUCUAAAAUCAAGCCGGUGGUGAAAGAAUGGCUGGAGUCUGCCUUACCCCUUGUUAUGGAUAACGAAUCAAGUAUUCAAGAAGAAGCUGUCGGACUCUUCAAGGAGCUGGUUCUAGAUCCUAUAUCAUCCGUAUCGGUUAUGAAGCUCUCGGAUGACCGGUUACUAGCCGUUCUACUGGAUAAAUCAGACGAACCAGAGAAGUCGGUGCCGCCAGGGGUGGUACAUUUCCUAAGUGGCCUUGCCGAAAAGAACGAUGCUGCACCUUUCGUCAAGCGAGCCUGCGCGCGCCUUGGGAAGACCAAAGGUCUAAGGCCGAGUAUCGUCAUGGCGUUGCAAAGCAUUAUUACUGCAUCAGAGGAUCUGGGACGGAAGGAGAAGUCUUUUGAUGGCAGACGGGUUGAAGCUGUAGCCCAGGGAGCAUGGUUUCUACUCUCGGAGCUAUCACUGUUUCUUCCGAAGGUCGUUGGCUGGGAUUUUCUCCGGAAGCAUUGGCAGUAUUCAACGUCGGCAGCUUCGGCAGCCAGCCGGGUGCAUCUUCUUCAGACGAUUGCAAAUGUCGCCACCGAGCUUCCAGCAGACGCGGCUACGGAUCUUGCCGACGAACUCUUGAAGCACUUGGAAGAUUUCAAUAUGCAUCCGGUGGAAGUGGGAGCACACGUAAACGCUCUCACCACCCUCUGCCGUCGGAAGGCUGCUUCGGAAGAUGAAGGUGAGGAACUUGUUACCGAAUGGGCAAGGCAGCUGCUUGAGAAGGCCGAAGCAAUCGUAAGAGCCUACGUCUCUCUCGACCGCGAAAAUAUGAACUUUCAGACACCUAUAAGCAUCAGAAGAAGGCCUGCUGGCGGAAGAAGCACUCGGAAGUCGAGACGGGUGGAACCUUCUUCUCAGAUCGUAACUGCCGUAUUUACAGUUGGAGCUAUAGCACUUGUCUGCCCGGCGGGGAACACUGGCAGCAUCACAUUGCUUCUGCAAGAACUCGUUGGAGAGAGCACUGACGGGAAUCUGCUGCGCGAUCCUGCUGUAAGCACACAAACGUGGCUCACACUGGGAAAACUUUGCCUCGCAGACGAUAAGCUAGCGAAGCGUCUCAUACCUCUUUUUGUCCAGGAGCUCGACCGUACUUCAUCGGCUGCUACACGCAACAACAUCAUGGUGACCUUGACUGAUUUUUGUGUUCGUUAUACAGCACUUAUAGAAAGCUACAUUCCGAAACUAACAAAGUCUUUGCGGGAUAGCUGCGAGGUUGUUCGAAGGCAAACGUUUGUACUUCUGGCUAGAUUACUUCAGCGGGACUACGUCAAAUGGAGGGGAUUGCUGUUUCAUAGAUUUCUUCUUGCGUUAGUUGACGAGUCUCCCAAAAUAUGUCAAAUUGCUGACUUCCUGUUCGGAAACAUUCUCAAAACGAAGGCCCCAUUGCUGGCAUACAACAGCUUCGUUGAGGCUAUUUUUGUUCUUAACGAUUACCAAGGACAGUCUAGCGGUAGUAGUGCUCUUCAGUCCUCAGAAAGCGAGCGCGAUCUUUUCUCUCUCAGAGGAAGCACUCAAGCUGUGGUUUCAAAGAGAAUGUACAUCUAUACAACGCUAUUAAAGCAAAUGAGUCCCGAGCAUCUUCUUGCGACCUCGGCAAAGCUAUGUGCAGAAGUUUUAGCUGGUGCCGCUGAUGGUGUGAUUGACAUCUCUACAGUUUCUGGAAAAUGCGUUGUUGAGGAUACCCUGAAAAUAUUAGCAUUAAAAGAAAUGAGGCUCGGAGGUAACAAAGCAUCCUCUAAUGUGGCAGAACAAGCUGACGAAGAGGAGAAUGCUGCUACUUUUGCUGCUGUGAAGGGCAAGGUUGUUACCCAGCUUGCCAAAAGAAAUCUCGUUCAAAAUGCGAUUCCUAUCUUUAUAGAGCUGAAGCGUCUACUUGAAAAAAGCAGCAGUCCACUCCUGGGUGCACUGAUGGACUGUAUGCGCUCAAUGCUCAAAGAUUUUAAGAACGAAAUCGAGGAAAUGUUGGUGGCGGACAAGCAGCUUUUGAAGGAGCUCAUCUAUGAUAUGCAGAAGCACGAGGCCGCUAAAGCGCGCGCUAAAGCUGCAGCAGCUGUACAACCAGAGCCGCAAAAGCAACAAUUUGGGGGUACAGCCGCUGGCAAGCCACACGAAGAAGCUGCCAGGCCGCCUGUUCUUUCCGCCUUGAAAAAGACGCCAGCAGGGAGAGCUCGAGUGACUUGGCUAGACCAAACACCGCAACUCAGGGGACUCUCAUCAGCAGGUUUUAUUUCACCUGGAGCUCUCAGGAGUCGCGGUGGCAUUGCCGCUGUAGUCUCUCCUCAAAUUCUAGUUGGUGCCGUCGGGGACAUCGCUGCUGCUGCCACCGCGGCCUCCGUCCUACAAGACGCUGCAACUGGAAAGUCUACACCUCUCCGAGCAAUGUCGUUGCCAAGGCUACGUACUGCUGGAAACAGAUGGCAAGGUGGGACUGCGACUUGCAUGCAUGCAAGUCCCAUGCAACUGCCGGUUGAUCAACUAUAAAACGUCGUCCUCGUUCCGCAGCUCUCCUCACCAGGCAGGAGAAUGGCCGGCAGUGCGAAGCUUUUGGGCGUGGCAGCGCUGCUGCUGCUGGUGCUCGUCGCGGUGGCGGACGCGAGGAGGCAGUCCCCGGCGUCGAGGCGGUGCCGGGAGCUGGCACAGCAGCUUCAGAAAUGCGAGAGCAUCACUCCUCUCCCGCAGGAGUGCUGCAGCAUGGCCGACGAAUACCGUCGCAAGUGCCGCAGCAGCUCUCGCGGCAGGAGAGCCCGGAUUGACGAGGAGAUCCUCGACCGCUGCCGCGACGAGCAUCGCCGCCGGCAGGACGAGCUCGAUGAGGACGACGAAUUCUUCGUUGGCGACAGCGAUGGUGAUGAGGUCCACCACUACAACCAGAGGAGCGGAUUUUUCUGAAAAGAUGGAUCUCGCAGUGAAGAACACAGUAACACCGAUAAGUAGUAGAAGAAUAACGUGUUACUCUCGCUUUUAAUUUAAUUCAAACCUUAUACAAUCACCUUCGCGGUUUUUGUUUGAA